AUGAGACCUAGCCAACUUUUUCGCACUGGCAAUUACAUGAGGGCGAAAGCGACCGUCAAGGACCUUUGCCGAAAUGGGCCAUGUCACCACUUGGCGAAGUCGGUGCGGACCAAGACCGGAACCGGAAUUGCUGCGUCGUUUGCGAUCAAUCGAUGCUGCUCAUUUCGUCGGAGUCACACAACCACUGGAGCACUGGACUAUUGGACCACACAGCGCAGGGCAGGUGUCCUCGGUCGGAUGUCCCUCUGUGCGCGGUCGACCGAAGAUACGGUAAAAAAUGAGGGUCAACAAAAAGAGGCUCAGCGACCGCCGCAGCCACAACGGCGUCAGCCACCCCAGCAUCUUGCUGUGUGGAACUUCAGCUGUUCAUUCCCACAGUUACAACGUAAUGAAGCGGCGACAUUUCCUAACGGAACAGCUUUUUCUGCACGUUUUUUCGUCUCCUAA